AUGGCCCACUCCCACUCCCACGACGGCGGCCUGAGCCACUCCCACGACGACCCCUUCAACGGCCACGGCCACUCGCACGAUAUUCUCGAUGGCCCGGGCUCAUACGUCAACCGCGAGAUGCCUUUGAUUGAGGGCCGUGACUGGAAAGAGCGUGCGUUUACUGUGGGCAUUGGCGGACCCGUUGGUUCGGGCAAGACAGCCCUCAUGAAAGCGCUGUGUGGGGCAAUGAGAGACGAGUAUAACAUUGCGGCGGUGACGAACGAUAUCUUUACUCGCGAAGAUGCCGAGUUCCUCACCCGCCACAAAGCCCUCUCCCCGAACCGCAUCCGCGCCAUCGAAACAGGCGGCUGCCCACACGCCGCCGUGCGCGAAGACAUCAGCGCCAAUCUCCUCGCCCUCCAAUCGCUGCAAAAGCAAUUCCAAACCGACCUACUGCUCAUCGAGUCCGGCGGCGACAACCUGGCCGCGAACUACUCGCGCGAGCUGGCCGACUUCAUCAUCUACGUGAUUGACGUCGCCGGCGGCGACAAGGUGCCGCGCAAGGGCGGGCCGGGCAUCACGGGGUCGGAUCUGCUGGUUGUCAACAAGAUCGAUCUGGCCGAGGCUGUAGGCGCAGAUCUGGCGGUGAUGGAGCGCGAUGCGGCGAAGAUGCGUGAGGGCGGGCCGACGGUGUUUGCGGUCGUUAAGGAUGGGAAGGGGCUGGAUCAUAUUGUUAAUUUGAUUAUUAGUGCGUGGAAGGGGUCGGGGGCUUAUGAGGUUAGUUUGCAGCGGUGGAAGGAGGGGGCACCCAGGGGGUCUGGGAGUAUUGAUGCGUGA